AUGUGGACCCUCACUCGCUUCCAUCAUUUCAUCAUUGUCCUUGGUUUUCUAUUCUUUCUCCUCGAACCGACUUCUGCACAGGCCGCAGGUGGAAACGGACUUGACAGGUUCUGUGCCAACGAUAACGAUGUGAUCAACGGGACGUCCACAACCUGGUCCGCCCUGGCCGAAGAAGGAAUCCUCUCGCUCUCGGAAUCUUACCUGCGACCAGACGAACAGGCAUUGCUGCCAUGGAUAUACACCGUCAUUGUCUUCAUUUUCCACCUUCCGACCGUCAUCAUUCGAGUCGUUCGGUGGGAGAACAUCCAGCUUCUCUGUCUGAUCGUUACAUUUUCAACGAACGUCAUCUACACACUCGCAUACGUGUCGACCAAGUUUGAACCAGAAAACAUUCUAGUAUGGACACCUAUAAUGUUGGUCAUUGAUUGCGGCAGCAUGUCUCAGGUCUUGUUCCUGGUCAACGAAGGGCGCCUCGUAUGGCUGCGAUUUUGCUGCCAAAUUGGUAGAAUGGAAACCGAUGAUGCUCUGUCUCGAGCUCGAAACGAAGAGAAUCUCCGUUUCGAGAAACAAGGCGUAGAUCCCCUUUCAGACGAACAGCUCCGCGAACUCGUCAACCAACCGUUGUGGAAAGACACUCGAGUUGCCGUGGCCGUUACCGCGGCACUCUUCCUCUUGCACGUUUUGGUGCUCCAGAUUCUAGGGCUCUAUCACGCCUGCAAGGGCUCGCAAGCAUCAGAGCCUCCCAAAGUUCGCUGGUGUAGUCCAAUCUUCCAGCCGUUUGGGUUGGUAGUCCGGGACGGGGAAUGCAACCUCUACGAGAUCGACCAAAGCUUCAGGAAGGGGAUCGGCUGCAUUGCCCUUCCUGGCAUUUGGCAGCAGCGGUGGCUACGUGGCACCGUCAUCGGUACCGCGUUCAGCAUCGCAUGCGAGGUAACGGACAUCUUGAUUCUCUCCAUCGUGGCCUCGGAUUGGAAACCUCUGGGCGUCAAGAUGCGGCGGCCUUGGUUUACCAUGUUCACCGGCAUCGCAGUGUUGCUGGUCACGCUGGUUUUUGGCAAGCUCUACGCCGACGACCUGCCUCCGGGCAUUACCCACAAGGUCUGGUUGGUGAGCAAGUCGGUAACGCCGAAACUGUACUCGGCGCAGUUGGAGAGUGCUGGACUUCGGGGAGCUAUCAUUGGAUGGAGCGAUGGAUUGUUUCACAGCUGGCGCUUCGAUUACUUUGGACCGAGUCAGUAUUAA